GGCAGCAGUCUGUAACUUGAAAAUGAAAGGGCCUCUACCUGGCUUUGCACAGUGGUGUACCAAGAGUGGACUGAUCUCCAUAACACCCGAUGAGUAGAGGGGGUGUGCGUGUGCGUGUGCGUGUGCGCGCUCUGACGUCCUGCCUGGCCUUUAGAAAAAAGCGUCAUUCGAACAGGAGUUGUCCGUUCCUGCAGAAGUAACGGGGCUUGUUCUAGGAAGCUACUUGGUCGUCUGAAGAGCAAAUUAAACCGCAAGAUGCACGGUCUGUCUUCUCGCUGAUGCGGAUGCACUGCUAUGUUGAAACGUCUCAGCGAUGACUGAUGUGGAAUCGACGUAUGAAGACUUCAUCGCUUCAGGCAGGAGCGGGAGACGCAACGCGCUGCAUGACAUCCGAAGCAGCCCGGACGAACUGGACCCGGGCGACGUGUCUCAGGCGCUCUCUGAGCUCAAAAUCAAUCGAGAAGGAGAAGAUGCCGACGUGGAGAAAAGUAAAGACUCGGGCGCCGACUCACCCCCUACAUCCGAGGAGGGCAAAGAGGCGGUUAACAGGCAGACCUGAACAGCGGCGGUGGUGCCAGAUGCUGGUUGCUGCUCCCUCUGCUAGAAACCGAGCAGGAUCCAGCUUCUUCCCUAGAAGGCGGGACGGAACAUCAACCGGCGGAAUGGGCUGCUCGGAAGACAGGGAGGUCUGCUUUCCCUGGUGUAGGAAGAAAGGCCAGGGUUCAAACGCACAGGACGCCGCGGCCCUCCCGCAUGGGCGUGUCGGCAUCUUUAACAACGGAUGAUGAGGGCCGCCGCUGGUCUCGCGGGCGGCGGCGCCGCAGCAGCGGAGUUACACACCAUCUCAGUAGCUGAUGUAGGGAACAUCAACACAGACAGAGGUUCAACCCCAGUCGUUCCUUUUGACCUGCGGGUUACCAGGGGCUUGGUAUAUCAUGGGGUGCUGCUGGGAAUGGAGGUCUUUCAGUGUUCUUUUGCGUGGGGGGUGGGGUGGGGUGGGCUGGGGUGGGGUCCUUCAGGGACUGUGCUUUUAGCCAAUUGGGUUUCCGUCCGUGCGCUCAAAUCUUCCUCGCGCUGCCCUUUCUGCCGAGACUCUGAGGAGCGGCGCCGUGACGACGCGUUACCGUUUGCAGAGGCCGUACGGAUCGACUUCCGGCGGUCCGAAGUGCCGCGUUGCUGCGCGCUCGGAUGGCCUCGUAACAAAGCUACGUCAAAGAGAAAGUGCUUCACGCUGAUGUCUGUUACUUUUACGUACUGUCUUGUUCUAGAAACUGCCACUGUUUUACACUGUUCCGCCUUUUUGUAUCAGGGAUAGAAACCCAUCGUUUUGUAACUGUGUGUGUGUGUGUGUGUGUGUGUGUGUAGUAACUUUUGGCCCACCUUUGUUACGACUGCACUUUACUUGACCUCAGUCUCUAUUUAUGCUGCAUCUAAUAAUUAAAAGAAAAUAACAAUAGUCUUACAAAUGAAGUCUCUUACUGUCCAUGGCCUCUACUUGAGAUUUCCUCAUCGAACACGGGAAUUGCAACACGCAUCGCAUCCAUCCCUCAUGUUAAUUUCCUAAACUGCGGAAAGACGUACGUCGCAUUUUUGAGCUGACCCGGAACCUGUGCGCAGCUCGCAAGAUGCAUUAUGAUGCACUUUUCUUAAAUCCUUACAUCCUUAAGACUAUGCAUGUCGCUUUCAUUAUGAAUACAAGAACUAAUGAGCACAGAAAUUCAUGAACAUCUUAUUGUUUGCCAUUAUUAUGCAAUACUUUUGUUUCGCGAGGAGUGAUAAUUUUGCAUUUGAAGUUCCCCGUAUUCAGUGAUUAACAUGGAAAGUGUUAUUUCUCUUUCAUAUUGGUUUACUUUU